AUGAGUGCCGAAGAACAAUAAUUUGCAUAUGUCUUAUCAAUCAAGAUUCCCAAUUAUUUGUUCUAAAACAUUUAGUUCAAAUAAUGUUAAGUUGUGUCAGGAAACAGAAAGUCCAAAGUGCCAUUAUCUAAAGUCUUUAAACUUGAUUAUAGACUUUAAUACAAACUGAUUAUAAUAAUAUCAUCAAUUGUUGUUAUUUCUAUGACAUUAGAUUGCAAAACUUUCAUUUGCAAAAAAACCGAUUACAUCUAAUAUAAAGAAAAUAAACGAUUUUUAAUAGGAGUUAAUUAGAUAUAAGAUAUAUUUAUUAAUAUUAUCUUAUAAUAAAAUAACAUACAUGAUCUGCUACAAAAGCAAUUUCUUUUCACACCAAAAGUACAAAAUUUUUAUGUUAAAAGACGAGCUUCAACUCUCCAACGUAUAUUUAAAGUUUUAAUUUAGAAUUAACAUUCAUUAGUGAUUUAACUUAACUCAUUUGAUCCAAAAAUCACGUGGAUUACCAACGAUAAUUCAGAAAUCGUCUCUUUUGAGUUGUUCCUCAAUAAAAAAAAGUCUAUUUACAAAUUUGCUCCGAAUAUUGGAAUUUUAUUGAAAGAGUUCUUGAAUGGAAAAGUGUGUUUUGAAGGAAUCAAUAAUCAUUACAAGAUUUCCUAAUACAUUUAAAAAAGAAACUUUGGUUCCGUAUAUAUUUAUAUAAUACUUUAAUAGAUAGUUCGUAUGAGGAGUAUCCAUAACGAGGAGUUAGUAACCUGUAAAAUAUUUAAAUAAGGAAGGGCUGAAUUUGAACAAGUAUUCUUUAUAUUCUAAUUUAGGAAUUUCGAAAUGAAGUAAUUGCCCUUCAAUUUUUAAAGCAUAAAUUUAUUCCAAAAUUAAAAGAAUACUAUAUCGAAUCCAGUCAUUAUUACAUAAUAUACGAAUUCAUAGAAGGAGCUUCUCUGGAUAAAUAUAUUAAGAAACAUGUUCUUAGUAAGAAUUAAAUUUUAAAAAUAAUGAAAGUACAAAUUCAAACAUAUCUUAGGAUUUAUUAUAAGUGGUUUAAUAUUUACAUAAGGAAGGAUUCAGCCAUCAGAACAUCAAAUUAGAGAACAUCUUCUAUUGUUCAAUGUUGGAUCAAAUCACUUUAAUAGAUUUCGGGCAAUAAAAGACCUAUGACAUCACUAGUUUAAGACACAUAAAAUCAAUCAAAACCUUGUCUACUUAAGAUUAUUUCACAGAGAUGAAUUUAUUUACCAGCAAUGGAUUCUCAUUAGAAAAAGAUUUCCUGGAUUGUGGACUCGUCUUUUAUUAAUUGUAAAUCUUUCAAUUUAAUUAUAGGAUUACUCAAUAAGCAUUGAACAACUAGGAAUUAAAUAACUUCUAUGAAAGUAGAAGAUUUCAUCAUCUUGUUGAUGAGAUCAAUAAUUAUGAAAUCUCUCAAUUUGUCUCUAAGCUUUUCAAUUGGUGUAAUUUAGAAAAUUAUGGAGAAGAAAACUUUGCUCAUGAUAUUGAUCAACUUAUCACUUCCAGUAGUGAUUGA